AUGAAGUCUAUCCUUUCCAUUGCAUCCUUGGGCUACUUUCUGGGGACAGCCUAUGCUCAUACUAUUUUCCAGGAACUCUGGGUAAACGGUGUCUCGCAGGGCCACAAAGUUGGCAUUCGAGUCCCGGACUACGACGGACCCAUUGAAAACGUGAAUUCGAACGAUCUCAUUUGCAACGGCGGAAUCAACCCGUAUCAGCAGCCCGUAUCCCAGACCAUCAUUGACGUCCCCGCCGGUGCAGACGUUACGGCUGAAUUCCACCACCAAAUUCGGGGAAGAAACCCACUCGAUUCCUCCGACCCCAUUGAUCCUACCCACAAGGGUCCCAUUUUAGCAUAUCUCGCCAAAGUUCCGUCUGCUCUGCAAACCGAUGUAACUGGCCUCGAUUGGUUCAAGAUCUACGAAGACGGCUACGGACCAGGAACACAGUGGGCUGUGGACAGGCUUAUUGCCAAUCAAGGCUUGGUUACGUUUAAGAUCCCAGAGUGUAUCCCUGACGGAGAGUAUCUCCUCCGCGUUGAAUUGAUCGCCCUUCACUCAGCAGGCUCCUACCCAGGCGCUCAAUUCUAUAUGGAAUGUGCGCAACUCCGAAUCACUGGCGGUGGCAACGCAGUACCCUUCCCAAUUGCUCAUUUCCCUGGCGCCUACAGCGGCACUGACCCCGGCAUCAAGAUCAGUAUCUACUGGCCUCCGCUCACCAGCUACGUCAUUCCAGGGCCUCCUGUCUUUUCUUGCAAUGGAACAGCGCCUACAUCUUCUGCUAUUCCGGUUUCUAGCUCAGUAGUUCCAACACCACCUAUCACUUCAACAAGCACAUCAUCUGCUCGUCCAGUUGAACCCACUGGGCCUACUGUCGGACAAUGGGGACAAUGUGGUGGCAUUGGUUACACGGGUCCUGCCGUCUGUGUCGCUGGGACGACAUGCACGGCGCAAAGCGAAUAUGUUCGUCAUUGUAUGCCCUCACAUUUGCCGAGACUGUGCUAA